AAGCUCAGGAUCAGUCGGAGAUGGCAAGAGGAGUGGUCUGUGCUGCGAGGCCGCAAUGUGGCCGACUGGAAGUCACUGGCCGCAGGUACGAAGUCCAGACACGCUGUACCUCAAAGGGUGCGUGACCCUCUGCAUUAUCCUCACGUCUGCGACGUUGACUGUCGCAGGUUGCGCCGCCCAGCAAGCAGAUGACGGGUGCAAGAAGAGGGAGCUUGGCGGCCUCGACGUGAAGGGGACCCAUUCCGAGUGCACAGUGGCGUCGUCACAUUGGAUGACCUGCCACAAGCAGCACCAAGAGGUGCACUGUAGUCACACCUCGACGCUCCCUCUGCUCCUUCGCGGAACGAGCUCGGAGGCCCCUUCUCCGGUGGACGACCUUCUUCCAUCGCACCUCUCACUGUCACCGGGCGACGUCGGUGCCAGGCCAGACAGCGCUCCUCCGCAAACGCCUCAGGAGAGCGAGCUUGAUGUCGCUCCGCGGCCAUGGCAAAACGCUGCAUCAGACAUGCCUCUGGACGCUCCCCCCGCAGCACCACCUCAGCUCACACACCGGUCAAAUGAGCCAGGCUCGCCACUCUUCGACCCCACCACGCGCAGGAUAGACGCAGCAAAAUCUGUUGACGCCCAUAGCGCAUCGCCUGCAGCCCAAGCACCGGCCCUGAAGAGCACAGUGACUCCAAAAGAGAGCCAGAGCGAGGCACAACAGCAGGCGCACCAAGGGGGUGUAUCGAGUCCGGCAAGUCCGACAUCACCGGCAAAGCCCAGCAGCACUCCUCUGCCGGACUCCACAUCUCCACGUAAUGACGAUGGCGCUUCUGAACUUGGGACUCACGAGUCUGCUUCGCCCUCGACCGCUUCCGAUCCGCAUGAGAAGCAGACCAUCGAGGCGAGCGGCCCUGAAAGGCCGACGCGACCAACGCUCGAUCCUUCGCUACCCAACUCCGACCUUGUGGGUGACGGCAGCUCGGGCUCGAAGCCUUCGCGCUGGCGUGCGGAAGUCGAUCUCCCACAAGCCAACACCUCUUCGCCAAUGUUGACAGGAAACAGCUCGAAGCCUUCGUCGUCCGGCAACGCUCUGCCGUUAAAGGAAUUGAAGGCUCAAUCAGCUAAUAUCACCGGCGCCCACUCCUCGUCUACUACUCUUAUUGCGAGCGGAUGGGAUCAAGACGUCUCAGGCAAUCGCAGCAACGCGUCCUCUCCACCUCAGCCGACCGUAUCACCGUCCGCCGUAGCAGAAACGCCGGUCGCUUCUACGACCGUCGUGACGACAAUCGAAACUAGUGCGACGCUGUCCACCGUGCAGCAAGUCUUCUCGACCUCCGUCAGCACACCAGGGAGCGAGCCUAGCGUGACGCUGAUCAAGGUUGUCGAGCUCACCACGACACCAGCGAGUCCGACUGUCAAGGGUGGCAGGCUCAACAAUCCUAGCGGCGCGCUAGGGGCGUCGUGGAUGGAACGUCUUGAUUUGCAAGUGAUCUUCACCAUCGUCUUCGUCGUUGCGAUGAGCAUAGCUGCUUUUGGGGCUCUGUGAGCGUGAUAGAAUUUCGCAGACUGUCCUUGACGAGGCGCGAAGAAGGAGGCCGAACGGGGCAAUGGAGUCGCGCAAGGCCUCUCGAACGCUUCAUUCGCCACAGCAGGCAAGGGAGGGGUCGUAACGAUUUGCAAGCUUUGCCACGUCGAAAAGCGAGGUGCAAAGCCGCGUGCCUACAGGUGCUGAGGCCAGCAGACUACAGUGACUGUACCGCUGGCUCGGAUACCGGCUACUGCGAGUCACCGGAUCAAGAGUCUUGCGGCUUCCCAGGAUGACGUCGUCACGGUCCUUGCACCAGGCUCUAUGAACCACGAAUCUGAGCUGACACGACUCCUCAUCAGCACAGGCCAGCUUGCGAUCAUCUCGCCACUCGCCGAAUAGAGGCGUCGAUGGAGGUGCGGGGAUGGCUUGCAAAGAGGUUGUUCAGUUGCGCCGCUGCUAGGAUCCAUGCCGGUCUGUCUCACUUCGCAAAGGGAGGGCCGAUCCGAAUGUCGU